GUUUCAUGAAAAGUCCAAAAACUUUAAUCUUUUUAUUUGUAGAAAUUCAGUACAGGCGACUGCCAUUAGCGGAAUCGUUGGGAUGAGCAUUCGACUGAAAGUUGAUGGAGAUAUUCACUGGAGAGUUGUUGAACGAUACAUCGGUGAACAAUCCACUUAGAACUCUUACUGCUAGAUCAUAAAUGCCGUUAUUCAUUGAUGUUGUGUUAUUGCCAACUACUGAUCGAUGGAAGCGCAAGGCUGUUGACAUAAAUUUCUCGCAAAGCUUUAGUGCGUGGACCGACGCUGGCGUUGGCAGCUGUGAGAGUCGAAGUGGAUGGAUGCUGAGGCCAAACGUUUGUCUCUUUAUCCUGGUUUUUUUCGUGGACUGUGUAUCUGCUAAUGAACAGUGCAGGAAGAAGAUCAACAUUCAAGGUGAAGAAUGCCGAUCCAUUCUUUUCAAAGAGCCCAUGCAGGACAAAGUCAUGAAAGGCCACCUGAUCAGGAUUUUAGAGGUGCCCCGCCAAGGCAGCUGUAAUGUGCUCUGUUAUAUGGAGCCCAAUUGUGUGUCCAUAAAUGUUGGGCCUUCACAAGGAGGGAACUACAAUUGUGAGCUGAACAAUGCUUCGGACGAAAGUCCAGGCUCAUCCGAUCUUCAGAGUAAACGAGAUUAUAUCCAUAUCAGUAUCGAGAAUCCCUGCAGCAGCAGUCCCUGUUUCAACAACGGCACGUGUCAAGCUGGAUACACUGAUAAAGGAUUUCGUUGUAAAUGUCCAUCAGGAUUCACUGGUGUAUACUGCAAGAAAGCUUGCAGCUUUGACUUUGAAAAUGGAAUCGGCGGGUGGGAAAUGACAGGCAGAGCUUUUAUUUACCAGCCAACAUUUGGUGACAAUCCAGUCGCGCGCGAAAGAGAAAGCGCCCAGCAGCAAGGGCACUGGUGGAUAGGGGGAGCUGAGAAACGGUCCAAUGAGAGCGAUCCCGCAGGAAAGCAGCAUCCAGCGGGAGCCGACCCACCCAACGGAACUCUCACCUCACCUUGUUUUCGUAUCGUCGGAAAGAAUAUUUCGUUUCUUAUUGGUGGGGGAUGUACCGUAUCUGAAAUUCGUGCGGAGCUUAUUGUCAACAGCCAGGUCGUCAGAAAGGAGACAGGAAACUGUAAUGAGACAAUGUAUCGUAAGGGCUGGGACGUAGAGGAGUUUAUUGGUCAAUACGCCCAAGUCAGACUUGUUGACAAGAGGCAUUGUUGUUGGGGUCACAUCAACUUUGAUGACCUUAAAGGAGAUAUCAUUUGUCCUCACGAUUUAGACGAGAAAAACUGAAGAAACAGCGGCUUU